CAGGCCACUGCAGCUGCGCCACCGGAGCCGGGAUUGGGGAUCGGCCUGCCUGGUCGGGGGCAGUGGCGCGCGGGGCCGCUCGCCGCUCUGCCGUCCCCUUCGCUCGGUCACUGUCCUAGGUCCUCCUGGCACCCGAGGGGCUUCCCAAAGAAAGUUUGCCCUGAGUCGCUGCACUCUGGGAAGAGCUUCGAGGGUCUGGGAAGCUGGGAGGAAGCUGGGGACGUCCGCACUGGGUCCCCAGGGCCCGCACCCCCGGACAGCUCCGGCCUAGGUUGGGGGAGGCGCGGCGGCCGGGCCGGGUUGUGCAGACGAAUGAUCGUGGUGUCAUCCCGGGGGAUCGGUUAGUGUCCCCAAGCCUCGCAUCCGAGCUCCCCGCCGUCACCCCACACUCACAGCUCACAGCUCCGGAGCGGGCAGCGGCCGGGGAAGUGCGGCGGGUCUGCGCAGCGUCCCCAGGACCCCUCCACUUCCCAAAGCCCCGCGCGCCCAGCGUGCCAAGUCGCCUUCGGUGGCAGCCCCGGCCGUGGCGCGUCCCGGCUACUACUGAGCUCAAAUUGAAAUUAUUCCAUGCAAGAUCUGUGGAGACAAAUCGUCAGGAAUCCAUUACGGUGUCAUUACAUGUGAAGGCUGCAAGGGCUUUUUCCGGAGAAGUCAGCAGAGCAAUGCCACCUACUCCUGUCCUCGUCAGAAGAACUGUUUGAUUGAUCGGACCAGCAGAAACCGCUGCCAGCACUGUCGACUGCAGAAAUGCCUUGCUGUGGGGAUGUCUCGAGAUGCCGUCAAGUUUGGCCGGAUGUCCAAGAAGCAGAGAGACAGCUUAUAUGCAGAAGUACAGAAGCACCGGAUGCAGCAGCAGCAGCGAGACCACCAGCAGCAGCCUGGGGAGGCUGAGCCGCUGACACCCACCUACAACAUCUCAGCCAAUGGGCUGACAGAGCUGCAUGACGACCUCAGCACCUACAUGGACGGGCAUACCCCCGAGGGCAGCAAGGCCGACUCUGCUGUCAGCAGUUUCUACCUGGACAUACAGCCCUCCCCAGACCAGUCAGGACUGGACAUCAAUGGGAUCAAACCUGAACCCAUAUGUGACUACACACCAGCAUCUGGCUUCUUCCCCUACUGUUCCUUCACCAAUGGAGAGACUUCUCCAACUGUGUCUAUGGCAGAACUAGAACACCUUGCACAGAAUAUAUCCAAAUCCCACCUGGAAACCUGCCAAUACUUGCGGGAAGAGCUCCAGCAGAUAACGUGGCAGACCUUCCUACAGGAAGAGAUCAAGAACUAUCAGAACAAGCAGCGAGAGGUGAUGUGGCAAUUGUGUGCCAUCAAGAUUACAGAAGCAAUCCAGUACGUUGUGGAGUUUGCCAAGCGUAUCGAUGGUUUUAUGGAGCUGUGUCAGAACGAUCAGAUCGUGCUUCUAAAAGCAGGUUCUCUAGAGGUGGUGUUCAUCAGAAUGUGCCGUGCCUUUGACUCUCAGAACAACACCGUGUACUUCGAUGGCAAGUACGCCAGUCCCGAUGUCUUCAAAUCCUUAGGUUGUGAAGAUUUUAUUAGCUUUGUGUUUGAAUUUGGGAAGAGUUUAUGUUCUAUGCACCUGACUGAAGAUGAAAUUGCAUUAUUUUCCGCAUUUGUACUGAUGUCAGCAGAUCGCUCAUGGCUUCAGGAAAAGGUAAAAAUAGAAAAACUGCAACAGAAAAUUCAGCUAGCUCUUCAACAUGUUCUACAGAAGAAUCACCGAGAAGAUGGAAUCCUAACAAAGCUAAUAUGCAAGGUGUCUACAUUAAGAGCCUUAUGUGGACGACAUACAGAAAAGCUAAUGGCAUUUAAAGCAAUAUAUCCAGACAUUGUGCGACUUCAUUUCCCUCCGUUAUACAAGGAAUUGUUCACUUCAGAAUUUGAGCCAGCGAUGCAAAUUGAUGGGUAAACAUAGCACCUGAGCGCUUCUAGAAUGUCUGAAGUACAAACACGAAAAAGAAAACAAAACAACAACAACAAAAUAACUGAGACACUUUCUAUGACCCUGCGCAGCCCUGGAGCGCCAACACACUGCACAUCUCUUGGUGAUCGGGGGUCAGGUACCGGAGGGGAAACAAUCGAAACAAAUAAAAGUUGAACUUGUUUUUCUCAUGCAUAUGAUUUCCACUCUGCCUACAGAUAUGGACCCUUUUUCUGUCUCAACUUCUUGAGUGGUUGACCUCUGUUUACAACAGAAGGGUACUAAUGUCGGAGGAGUUCCUUUUCUUGUAGCUCACUGCCCACAGACUCAGCGGGUGACAGCGGAGAGUCCAGUGGUAAUCGGUGCCCGGUGUGCAUAGCGGAAGUUGCGGCAUUACUUUGCACAGCUUGCUCUUUGUUUCAUGAAGGAAGUUUUUGUUUUUCUCACCGAUUAUUGCCAGUCAGCGGAAUGGCGAGAAAAGGGGAUCCAUAGCGCUCGCAACAAUAGCAUUAUAUUACAGGGUAAAUGGGCAUGAAGACUAUAUAUAGCUAAAAGAGAGAUUGUUUAUAUAUUGUUUUAAUUAAUAUAAAAUGUAGUGACUGGUGUAGCUUUUCCUGUUGAAUUGAUAAGGCACUUUCCGUUUUGCACCUUUUUUUCUUUAAAUUAAAUGCUAGCGUGUUCACUGUCGCCAUGUGGCAUGUACACCAGAAACACAAGUUUAACUGAGAAGGCUUGGAAGGUACGUUGGGAGGUAUUUUUGCUGCUGUUUACAAUAAUAAUAAUAAUAAUAAUAAUACUUUUAAAAGACUGGCUGGUCAUAUCCAGAAAUCAACUUGUCGAAUUUUUUUCCCCAUGUGUAAAUUUGGAAUUAGAAAUGGAACACUCCCUAAAUCAUACUUUGCUUUUGCCUAAGAUUAAUAAUAGGUGUGUUUAUGCUUCAUACGGAGUUGAACGACUGACUGGUGCUGUGGGCUUAAAGCAUCAUGUGCAUUUUUUUAAAGCUUUUAAAAAUGCCACCUUUGGGAGGUGAGGGGGGACCUCAUUUUACACAACUGAGUCAUCACGGAGACUCAGUAUCAGCUUAGAACUCUAGUGCUCUCUCAGAACAAAUCAGUAACCUGAGUAUUUAUUGGAAUCUAGCUUUUAUUUAUAAGGACCCAAAGAUUUCGUGUAGAGCAAGCAUUCCCCCACACAAAGCAUUCUUAAGAAUUCAUCUCAGAGCAAAUGUAUUCUACACUAGUUGUCCCUAGACGGCCCUGUUCUAGAAUGUUGCUCUCCAUAUUUGGCAGGCAAUGGAUGGAAGACAGAGGCAGUCUGUGUGGAACCCAUUUCCUUUAUUGAAAUAUUCUAAGUUUUUAAAGUGGAAGUGACGCCAGCUGCAGACAUUUGUGUAUUUUAUCUUCACUAGAAAACUGUGGACUGUAAUUUAUUGUAUUAAAUGUUUAGGAGAUUGUUCAGCUUUUGUGUUCAAAUGAGAAAUACGGAAGUAUUUUUGUUUGUGUUUUUUUGUUUUUUUUUUUAAAUAAUCCCCAGGAGGAGGAGGAAGGAAGGACAGUGUUAGGUAUAAGAAUGUGCAUAUUUUUAAAGACAGAUCCCCUGGGGCUGGAGAGAUGACUGAACAGUUAGGAGCACUUACUGCUCUGUACCAAGAGGACUGAAGUUUGGAUCCUGACACCCAUAUCAGAUGGUUCACAAAUACCUGUUACUCCAGCUCCAAAGGAUCCGAUGCCCCCUUCCUGCUUCCAUGGGCACUAAUAUACACAUGUGCAUACACACACACACACACACACACACACACACACACACACAAAUAAAUCUUUAAAAACAAGUGCCCUUUUUGGAGACAAUCUCAGUCACACUAGAGGUGGGAUACAAGCUACUGAUCUGACAUCAAAGACCAUGUCUGUAAAGAAAAGAGAACAUCUUCUAUGGUACAAAGGUGGGGGCUUUCAAGAAUCUCUGUAUGUCUAAGCACCUCCUCCACUGCCUCUAGGGUCAUUCUAGAACCUUUUCAGACAUUUCUGUUCCUGUUAAUGUCCAUCUGGGUUACCAGGGCUGGCUUCCCAGAGCACUUCACUGUUUUUAACUCCACUGACUUCCUGCCUUAUUUACUGAGGGUCUUGGAAAGGAAGAAGGAAUUAUUCACACAGAAGUGUGUGUAUGAAGCCUAAGCAGCAUCGGUUUUUUUUUUCAAAAAAACAUAGUAAACGAUAAAUGGAAAAGUAAUAUUUACUUAAAUUUCUUACAAACAUAUAAAAAUUUAUGUGUUUAUAUAGAGAGGUUAGCUGUCAUAGUAUUUAUAUUGGGGCAAGAAGGGUUUAAAUCAAAUUUUUAUUUAAGCACAUAUAGUUCCUUUAAAAAUAGUAUUUAUACUCUAAAAAGAGCACCAAGUUCGGUUAUUUCUUUGUCCACUUUUUCUGUUGUUUCUCCUGUGUAGGGGAAUGGUGUGGGGUUUGAGGGGGGUUUUUGGUGGGUGUUGUUCGUUAGAUUCACUAAAUUUGGGGAUGGUUUUAUUAAAGUAUAUUAACUUCUUUUUAACCAAAGCUUUCUGCAUAUGACCAGCCUCAGGUGCUAGUGCACUAAAGAGCAACUAAACCUAAUUCCAGUGUCCAAGUGGGAAUAAGAAGAGUUGAUUGAACUUCUCUAAGGGUGAGAGAGUGUAAUGUUGACCUUCAAAGAAAUUCCUUUUCCUAGAAAGGAUUCUGCAUGUACCUAAUUGGGGGGGGGGAUGCUUUAAUCUCAGUAAUAUGCCAGCAACGUUGCUUUUAAAACACACCAAAACAGAGUGAUGGAAUGCUGCUUCUAGGUGUUUCUGAAAGAAAAGCAGGAGGUAGGCUUUCGGAGGAAAGCUCUCUGACAGUGUAGGGAUGGAGCAGUAGAGACAGGCGUGCUCAGAGAGAUGGAUAGGACAAUUGACUAUGAUUUGUACCUAAGUUGGGAUCUGAAGCUCAGUAAUAAACACAGUUGAGAGUAACAGGGGAGCCCAGAAGAGGGUGUAAAAACUCUUGCAGUUUUAUUUUGUUCCUUAUUAUGAGAACACUUGCGUAGUGACAUAAGGUGGUGGAUGAUACAGAACCAUGACAUUGAAUAGUUCACGUCAUGACUCUAAAGUUGCCUUGAUUUAUAGGCUCCACCGUCUCGUAAGGUUUGGGACAUUGUUAUCAGCUCAGCUGCUAGACCACCUUUAGAUCAUUUAUUUUUACAUAAAGUAAACAAAGCUUUUGUACAAAACCUAGCUGCUUUCUGUUACAAAUGCUCAAAUGAUCCAGCUAUAUUAUGAGAAACUGGCCUUGGCCACAAUGAAAUUAAAAGUGAAUUUUGGGCAGAUUGUAAAUUGUGCUAAGGCUCUGGAUUUUUUUAAAGCAUUCAGUAUGCUACUUAGUUAAAGCUAUGGAUUGUUUGGUUUUUCAAAGUCUUCAGCAUCCUGAUUCACCCUUCCUAACUUAAGGAAAACAUGACCUAAGACACUGCUUCUAAGUUUGGUUGUUCUUUAACGUGUGGAUACCAGAUCUCUGUGAGUGUAUGGGAGUGGGCUGAGGGUCAGGGUUGAGGAAGGAGAGUGUGUGCGUGUGUGUAUGUGACUUGCGUGUGUGACGUGUAUUUUGGACUGCUUCUAGGCUACUAUGUGUCAAUGGAAAAAAAUGUAUUCAAAAUACAUUAAUCAAAACUAGAAGACGGAGGAAAAAGAAGAUUUAUUCUAUACAAAGCCUUGUCUGGACCAUAGAGAGACUUCUAUUUUUUUAACCCUUCUAUAAAUAUUUGAUGGCACUUGAAAUAUUCCUGCAAUAAAAUGUGAUUUGUGUAAAGUAAAAAAAAAAAAAAAGAUUUUGUAAUGUGAAACAAAGAAAGAAAGUAAUGUAAUUUUCUAAAAAAAAAAUACAAACAAACAAACUUUGUAUUAUUUUCUUGAUGGAAUUUGUCUAUCUGUCUUUGGAAAACUUUUUAUUUCAUUGAAUGUGCCAUAGUAGACAUGUGUGUUUUUAGUUGUAGACUAAGGAAUAGCUAGCUGUUUGUGUUCCCACAUUCCAAAAUGCAAAACAACUUAGGAGAACCUUGAUGAAAAGGUGUCUGUAGGACGUAAGCUUCUCCUGUUGCUUUUUUGCACAUGUCUUUCAUUCCUCUCUAGUGCAAUAUAUGUACAUAGAGCACUUGCGGGUGUACCUUGAUCCCUCAGGGAAAAAUACAUAUUUGUACAGUUGUUUUGUUUUUUGGUUUUGUUUUUUGUUUUAUUUUUCUUUUGUUUUUGGCUAAGGAUUGUCGAUCGAAUCACUUGUUAUUGUUGAGAGGCAGCCAGAUAAUCAGCCUAAAGCCACUGUUCCAAACAUCAAUUGUUCAAGUCAUGUGUCCUUCCAAUGCUAUUUUAAAAUAAUAAUAAUAAAAAGCUAUUUUUCUGACAGUUCUUUGUGCUGACUGGUGGAAAACAAAAGGGGAAAAAAAAAAAAAAAAAAAACAAAAAAAAAAA